AUGGAGAGCCGCGCCGGGGGCGCCUGGCCCCGCCGCCUGCUCGCCCUGGGGCUCUGCUGCCUCCUGCCGCCCCCCGGCUCCGGCACACGGAGCCUGGCGGCGCUGCCGCCCGCCGCCCGCAGCAACUGGUGCUCCUACGCGGUGACGCGGACGGUGUCGUGCCACGUGCAGAACGGCACCUUCCUCCAGCGGGUGUUGCAGAGCUGCCGGUGGCCCCUGGCCUGCAGUGGUGGCAGCUACCGCACCAUCGUCCGGCCCAUGUACCGCGUGGCCUACAAGACACUCACGGCGCUGGAGUGGAAGUGCUGCCCCGGCCACACCGGUGCCAACUGUGAGGAAGACGCUCGCACCUACCUCGCGCCACGGGACGCCGCGUGGCCCGGCACAGCCCCGCGCCGGACCCCCCCGCGCCCCACGGCUUUCUCAGGGUGCCUCAACUGCAGCCGCCUCGGGGACCUGACGGCCCGUCUCUCCGCCCUCGAGGCCCAGGUGGCCCGGCUCUCGGUGGCCGACCCCCCGCCAUCCCCGGCGCCCAAGGGUGCCCCCCGGGGCCGGGGCCCCGGCGGCGGCCAGCUCUGGGGGGCACCCGCCGCCCGCGGGAGCCCCGGCGAGGAAGGGCCCCCGGGUCCCCCAGGAGCCCCCGGCCACGACGGAGCUAGAGGCCUCCUCCCUGGAGAGAAGGGCCCCCCCGGGCGCCCGGGCCCCCCUGGACCUCCCCGGCCCCCCGUGGAGCCAGCUGUAGCCCACGUGCCCGACCCGAGCGACCCGCUGCUCUCCGACGCCUUCGCCCGCGUGGCCGGGGCAGUCGUGGGCCCUGCCGGACCCCCGGGGCCCGUGGGGCCCGUGGGCCCCCCCGGACCCCCUGGGCCAGUCGGGCUGCCCGGUCCCCCAGGACCCCACGGUAAAGCCGGAGCGCCCGGAGCUGCCGGCCCCCGCGGGGAGAAAGGAGACAGGGGCCCCCGAGGAUACCCGGGCAGCCGCGGCCAGGACGGGGCGCAGGGCGAGCCGGGCCCCAGGGGCGAGCCGGGCGAGAAGGGCACGUGGGGGGAGGGUUUACACCAGCUCCGCGAGGCGCUCAAGAUUUUAGCCGAGAGGGUUUUAAUCUUGGAAACGAUGAUCGGGCUCUACGAACCGGAGCCCGGCUCGGGCAGCGGCCCCGGGGGGCCGCCGGCACCCGGCCCCCCCCGCCAGCGGCGCGCCGGCACCCAGUGACAGGAGGCACCGGGCACGGCGGCGUCCCCCAGCCUCGUCCCGCCGCCCCGCAGGGCUUUCUGGUGCUCGCCGGCGCGACCUCGCCGGCCUGAUCCCGACGCUUCGGCCCCUUCCACCGCUGCUUCCCGGGGACGCCCGUGCCGGCGCCCCCCGCCCCCGGGGCAGGACGGGCGCUGGGGGCUCCUGCGCCCCCCCGGGCGCCUGCUCGCACCCGCUGCUGCGGGACAGGCCCGGGACGCCGCGGCAUUAAACAGCUCCCCGCA